AUGCAUUUUGUGGCACAACCUCUCUCAUUUUCAAAUACUUAUGAUCAUUCAGAUGACUGGGAUCCAUUUGCAACUGCUUCUGUUUUGCGGAAGGACAACACACCCUCCCUCAAUAACACGGAAUCAGUCAAAAUUCAAAACUUUUUCCCUGCGGAAAGCUCGGAGGCUAUACCUGACGUAGUUGCACCGGAUGUUUCUGUGAUUGAUGCAUGUGGAACUAAAGUUCAUAUAACACCUAUUCAGUGUUUUUCCGAAAUUACGAAUACUCCGGAUUGGUUAAGCAAAGGGCUUAAUGAACUGAGUUACCCAAGGGUGACCCCCAUUCAAGGUCACACGAUUCCAAUCCUUGAUAAAGGACAUGAUCUUAUAGGCUUGGCUCCAACUGGAUCAGGUAAAACGAUAGCCUUUGCAGUCCCAGCAUUGAAGCACUUUAAGCCUAGUCCAGAUGGAUUACCAACGAUAUUGGUUCUCGCUCCGACCAGGGAACUUGUGCAACAAACGGCAAAGGUGUUUUCUCAAUUGGGUUCUGGGGCCAUUCGUGUUUGUGAGGCUUAUGGGGGAGCCCCACGAGAAGUACAGGCUCGACGGUUACACGAUGGAUGCGACGUGCUUAUAGCGUGCCCGGGCCGCUUAAAGGACUUUUUGAGGAAUGGAGGUGUAACGCUUGAUCAUAUGUCUUUUUUGGUUUUUGACGAGGCAGAUCGUCUGCUUGACAUGGGUUUCAAGAUUCAGCUCGAUGAGAUACUCAGUUAUGCUGAUCCAUCGCGUCCUCUUCAGACAAUGAUGUGGUCGGCAACGUGGCCAAAAGGGGUGGAACAAUUGGCACGUGACUACCUUUCAGAGAAGCGAUACACCAUCAGAGCAGGCACAGCUGAUGUGGGUCUGCAGAUAAAUAAAAACAUUAAGCAGCACAUGCUAUUUGCUGAUCAUCCGCAUGAGCGGAUGGAGGCUCUUGUUUCACUCAUUCAAAGUGGAACCAUUGACGAAAAUACGGCAAAGAUGAUGAUUUUUGUGGAACGUCAAACUGACACAGAAAGUGCGGCUCAUCUGCUUGCAAAAAUGCUAGGUAUACAUAUCAGAAACGUUGGUAUACUUCACGGUGGGAUGCAGCAACGACAACGCGACUACAUCAUGAGUAGGUUUAAGCAUAGUGAGACGCGUAUACUUGUGGCGACAGACGUUGCAUCGCGUGGGAUUGAUUUCCCUGACGUUACAUGUGUCGUUAACUUUAUUGCGCCUAAGGGCAUUGACAGCUAUUGUCAUCGCAUAGGGCGUACAGGAAGAGCUGGUCGCACUGGAGAUUCCUUCACAUUUAUUGGUCACUCUGAUGGAUCUUUAGCGAAAGAUCUUGUGGGAUACUUGAAGAAGUGUGGAAUGGAGGUUCCGCAACGACUUAUAGACAUUGCUGAGAAGUACAUCCAAUACGAAGAGCAGCGCAAUUCAAGGCGUUCGUGGAAUGGAAGAUAUGGACGAGGACACAAACGCCCGAAGUGGGAGAACCGCGCGACUUCUGAGGAUAGUGGCUGGUAA